GUUACCUCCGAGCCCAUCUGCAAACAUGUUGUCCCUGUCUGUGAUGGUGGGACUGGUCCCCAUAGUGUCCCUCUUUGGUUUGUUCUACUCUGCGGCGGUGGAUGAGAACUUCCCUCAGGGCUGCACCAGCAGCAGCAGUGUGUGCUUCUACAGCCUGCUGCUGCCCGUCACCAUCCCCGUCUACGUCUUCUUCCACCUCUGGAGCUGGAUGGGGAUCAAGCUUUUCAGGCACAACUAGGCUGGCAACUCAACACAGAUGUGUUGAGUUGCCAGCCUCACACAGUUGUAAAACAUCUGUGGCUUUCAUUUCUUUAAGCCCUUUGGAGGAAGGUAAAGACGGAUGGUGCAUGGAUGCUUUUUAAAGCUGAAAAUAUUUUUGUGUCUCAUUUAGAGUAUGAGACACAGUAUGUUAGUCAAUACAGCUGUUAAACAAACCCCUGGAUAUCAUUUGCACAUAAAGUAGAAGGCUGUAUAUUUUCUGAGCAAAUAAUAAAAUUCUUUAUGCAAAUC